AUGUUUUACUUUUUCAGAUACCUAAAUCAACAUCCAGAAAGUACUAGCCUUUAUCCAAAAUUGAAAAAUAUCGAUGGGUCCACUGUUGAUGUAUCGUGCAAUAAUCCUGGAUUUGAAACUGUAGCUGCAAAUUAUCUUAAGGUGAUCUUCAUUCCAUUUAUUCUUACGGUAAUGCCUUACCAUUCUAAGAAGAGCUGGAGGGUAUUUGAUGAUGUAAUAACGGCAGUGGAAGAAAAACCUGGAGAUGUACAACCAGCCUGCGACCGAUUAGUAGCUGUCGGGAAAAUGCAUCGAACAAAGGUUUCGGGUAUGCAAAAUAGCGCAUUCCAAGAUAUGGAGGAGCCAUUUCUCUACAUGGUCAAAGAAGCAUUACAGGAUCGCUUUAACGAGAAGGCUGAAGGGCUUUAUCGCAAAUUUUUCCACUUUUGUUUAAAAUAUUUAUUGGAGGGUUUCAACGGCUGA